GUGUAUAAAUUUGGACCAUGGAGAAGAGCAGCCAUAGCAGUGAAUCACGGGGGCUUUUGGGAUUACGCUUUACUAUUGACUAUCUGCUGUUCAACAAAGGCGCCAAAGGUGAGUGGAAGAGUUUGGAGAUGGAAAAUUCCACCGCAAACCAAGAGACCCACGAAGACACCCAGGACAGUCAAAGUGAGGAAACCCCUCAAGGCAAAGAGUGUCCAAAAAGUGCAAGCCCGGAGACGGGGACAGACGGAUCUGAGGAGGAACACGAUGAGAAAAGGGUCAAAGGAGAGGGCACAGAGGUCGGUGACGCCCAAGAAGACAAGCCCACCCAGUCCUACAUUGCAUUGAUCUCAAUGGCUAUUCUGGCUUCGGAGGAGAAGAAGCUUUUGCUGUGUGACAUCUACCAGUGGAUCAUGGAUCACUAUCCUUAUUUCAAGAAUAAGGACAAAAAUUGGAGGAACAGUGUCCGACACAACCUCUCCCUGAACGAGUGCUUCAUCAAGGCAGGCCGCAGUGAAAACGGAAAAGGCCACUUCUGGGCCGUCCAUCCGGCCAACUUCCAGGACUUCUCCAAAGGGGAAUAUCACCGGCGUCGGGCCCGCCGGAGAAUCCGACGAGUGGUGGGGCAGCUCCCGUACCCCUUCAUGCCCCCCUAUCACCCCCACCAUCGCUUCAAGGGAGCGCCGUGCUGGUGUUGCCCCCCCCCGAACCCCCAGCUGCCCUACCUGCCCCCUGGGAUCUACUGGGGGUGGGCCGCCGCCCUGCAGGCUCGACGUAACACCACCCACCACGCUCUGUUAUAA